CUCUUCCACACUUUAAAUCUGACCCGAAAAACUUUUGAACACAUUUUCCACCAAUGAUGCACUCGGCACAGAAAGACACCACCUUCACCAAGAUAUUCGUGGGGGGGCUUCCUUAUCACACAACGGACGCAAGUCUGAGAAAGUACUUCGAAGUGUUUGGAGACAUCGAGGAGGCUGUGGUCAUCACUGACCGACAGACGGGGAAAUCGAGAGGUUAUGGAUUUGUGACAAUGGCAGACAGGGCCUCGGCCGACCGAGCCUGUAAGGACCCCAACCCCAUAAUAGAUGGAAGGAAAGCCAAUGUGAACCUGGCUUAUCUGGGGGCCAAACCCAGAGUCAUUCAGCCAGGAUUUGCAUUUGGUGUGCCUCAGAUUCAUCCAGCAUUCAUCCAAAGACCUUAUGGGAUCCCGGCGCACUACGUCUACCCUCAGGCCUUUGUCCAGCCCAGCGUGGUGAUCCCUCACGUGCAGCCCUCUGCUGCCACGGCGGCUACUGCCGCCGCCGCCACCUCCCCCUACCUUGACUAUACCGGGGCGGCGUACGCCCAGUACUCUGCCGCCGCCGCCACGGCGGCCGCCGCCGCCGCGUACGAGCAGUACCCGUACGCCGCCUCGCCGGCGCCCACCAGCUACAUGACCGCCGCGGGGUACGGGUACGCCGUCCAGCAGCCGCUGGCCGCCGCCGCCACCCCGGGGGCCGCCGCCGCCGCCGCCGCCUUCAGCCAGUACCAGCCCCAGCAGCUCCAGACGGACCGCAUACAGUAA